GCUGUUGCUCCGCCCUCGAUUAUUCAGCCUGGUUGACGUGCGGUUGCUGCGCAGCUUGUGAAGACAGAAGCGUACGACAGGGAUCGGAGGGUGACUGCUGGAGCACAGAUUAGUGUUGUUGUGGAGAGGGGAGAAAAAAACAUUAAUUCAGGUUCGCACGCUGCAGGAUUACAAACAUCCCAGUGCUUUUUGGCCAACACAGAGGACCACUCUGAGAGCAUCUGCUUGAAGACGCUGUUGUAGAAGUUUGUGCUCUGAGUUUUGAGAGUAGUUACUGUUGGGCUGACCGAGCUAGCCCGGCUGCCCGCUGUGCCUUCCUCUGUCCCGGCCAGCCAGCCGUAAGUGAGCCCGCUGUCCUGCUCUCCUUCCAGCUGUGGUGAAUCAUGGCGCUCAGAGCCAGAGCGCUGUACGACUUCAACUCUGAAAACCCCGGAGAGGUGUCCGUGAAGGAGAAUGAGAUCCUGACUGUGUACAGCGAAAAGGACAUCGAGGGCUGGUUCGAAGGGGUGAACAGCAAAGGGGAAAGGGGACUGUUCCCCGCUUCGUACGUGGAGAUCCUGCGGAACGAUGCCGCCUCCACCACUGUCAACAACAACAGCUGCAACACAUCUGGGGACGCUAACCCGGACUUUAGAUACGCCAACAUCCCAUCCGGAGGUUUUGACGGCUCUUAUAAACCUAAAGUUGAGAACUUUUCUAAACCAUCUCCUCCUGGUUUCCCCGCUUUCUCACAACCGCUACAGCAGCAGCAGCAGCAGCACGGCUACCAGCAGCCCAGCCAAGGCAGCGAUGAUGACUGGGAUGAUGACUGGGAUGACAGCUCUACUGUGGCAGAUGAGCCAGGUACUGUAGGAGGACGGUACCAUGACUAUGAAGGCAAUGGACCGUCCACUUACAGAGUGACGACAUCAUCAGUGCCACGAGGUAACGCUCAGCAAGCCAAGAGCUCUGCUACAGUGAGCAGGAACCUGAACAGGUUCUCGACCUUUGUGAAGUCAGGGGGAGAGGCGUUUGUGCUCGGAGAGGCGUCCGGCUUUGUGAAGGAUGGGGAUAAAAUCUGCGUGGUGAUGGGUAAUUAUGGUCCAGAGUGGCAAGAGAACCCUUACCCAUUCAACUGUGCAAUUGAUGACCCCACUAAACAGACCAAGUUCAAGGGCAUGAAAAGCUACAUUUCCUAUAAGCUGACACCCACCCACACACAGAACCCGGUGAACAGGAGGUAUAAGCACUUUGACUGGCUGUAUGCUCGGCUAGUGGAGAAGUUUCCCGUAAUCUCGGUGCCACACAUUCCAGAGAAGCAGGCCACGGGGCGCUUUGAGGAGGAUUUUAUCUCCAAGAGGAGGAAAGGCCUCAUAUGGUGGAUGAACCACAUGACCAGUCAUCCUGUCCUGGCCAGGUGUGAUGUUUUCCAGCACUUCCUCACGUGCAACAGCGCAGACGAGAAGGCCUGGAAGCAGGGGAAGAGGAAGGCAGAGAAGGACGAGAUGGUCGGAGCCAACUUUUUCCUCACCAUCAGCCCUCCGCCAGUUCCGUUAGACUUCCAGGAGGUGGAGAGCAAAAUAGAUGGAUUCAAGACUUUUACUAAAAGAAUGGACGACAGCACCUUGCAGCUCAAUGCCACCGUCAGUGAGUUUGCGCGAAAGCAGAUCAGUGGCUUCAAGAAGGAGUAUCAAAAAGUAGGGAUGUCAUUUAAGGUCCUCAGUCAAGCCUUCGAAAUCGACCAGCAGGUGUAUUCUGCAGGACUCAACCAGGCAAUCUCCUUCACCGGGGACACAUUCGAAACCAUCGGAGAAUAUUUCGCCGAGCAGCCCAACAAGGAUCUCGACCCGAUCAUGGAUUUGUUAGCUCUUUACCAAGGACAUCUGGCAAACUACCCAGACAUCAUCCAUGUCCAGAAAGGAGCGCUGACAAAGGUGAAAGAGAGCCAAAAGCACGUGGAGGAGGGCAAAAUGGACCGGGCACAGGCAGAAGGCAUCAACGAGCGCUGCAACAUCAUCUCCUUCGCUACGCUGGCUGAGAUCCAGCAUUUCCAUCAGAUCCGCGUGCGAGACUUCAAGGCGCAGAUGCAGCACUACCUACAGCAGCAGAUCACCUUCUUCCAAAAGAUCACGGGCAAGCUAGAAGAGGCUCUGCAGAAGUACGACAACGCGUAACGGAUCGUUCGGCUCGAUCCGUCGGUUUAGACCUCGCUGAUAAAUGGCCAAGCGCUCCCUUUGGCCAGCCUGCAGCAUCUUGGCAAACAACAGCCAGUUCCUCACACACAAACACACACAUAUAUACACAAACACAGACACACUGCUGAUGCUGCUUAUCCAGCAGAAAGGGACUUUAAAGGAGAUUAUGCUCCAGUAACAGCAAAAUUUCAACCAAAUCCAGGUUUCAGUGUAUGUUGGGCCACAUUUUCUUGGGCACUGGAUGUCCUUGUUUAAGAGACGAUGGGUACUUGGGAGUAGGGUUAAUUAAUUAAAAAAAAACACUCAAAUUGUUUUAGAUUUCUUGAGAAUCAGUAAAAAUGAUGGCGCACCAGUUUGGUAUGUGGGUGAAUUAAAUAACCUUGUAUUCACUGCUGCCUACACAUCUGGUGCGAGAUUUCCUACAUUAAGUGUUUUUAGCCUUAAAACUCUGGUUUGAACUGUUGAAGUGGCUGCCGCGUCGGUAGCAGUGGUGCUCUCGUGGCCAACACACUGCCUUCUGGAAACACUCGAGCCCUUCCUGCUACACUUCUUCUUGGACAAACAGGACAAAAUGUUUACAGUCUCCUCACUGUCACCACUGUGUCGCUGUGCCUUCUGAUCAUGUAUCUCUGGUUAUUUUUGUUAAUAGCUACUUCAAAGCUUUAUAUACUGAUUGUGUAGAAAUAUAUUGUAUUUGUUAUUAUAAAGCUACAAAUUUUGCAGUCUUUGUUGGGAAAUGAUAUCAGAUGAUUAUUUGAGGACUUGUUUCUUAACACUUGCAGUGUGACGACAUCAGGAUCAAAGAUUACCUGCUCUGAUAAUGAUCAUGCUUUACUUACCUACACAGCAAGCUGAUUUUAGGGGAGGAGGACGAUGGACACAUACUGUAACCAUGCCAGAUGCCGUUUUUCGGCCUUAGUUUUUGGGCGUAGUGUUCAUAGGCAGGCUGUAAGGGGGUUCGGGGGUUCCUCACCUGUUUUAAUAAUGCAGUCCUUUUGAUAGCACACUGAUGUUUUUAACAUUUACGAUGCUGGCUGCAUCAUAAGGAGAUUAAUGUAGAAGCAGAGAGGCAAAAAUAAAUUCCUUCUUCACAGAAA